AAUUUAACCUACCAAAUUACCCGAUUCGGUAGUUCGGUUGAUCCCUGAAACUCGAAUUUUGCAGUUCGUCGUCGGAUAAGAUGGGUAACAAGUACGCACUCAGCGAUGGAAACCUUGGUACACAAAACCCUAUCGCGAUUCUAAGAAAAAACCCCUAAAAUUAUCCCCACCAAACCCGAACACUAUCAAUUUUGAGCUGCAGGAAUAGAUAGUCGCUACAUUUCGCGGAGGCCUAUAUCCCAAAAGAAAUCGGAAAUGAACGCUGUGGCCACGACGGCGUUCUGUCCGACGUCGUUUCAGCUUAAAUUCGCAUUCGCUGGCCGGAAACCUAAACUGGCGUUUGUGCAGACUCGCCUUCCGAAGAUCGAUCGCCGCCGUGUGGAACUCGAGUCGCUCGUUGUACGGAGUAGCGCGGUCAACGGCAACGGCUUGGAACAACGUAGUCCAGUCAAUUCAUCAUGGACGAACUCGAAUUCUGCGGCUGAUGAUUUCUCUGGCUGGGCGACUGGUGACGCUGAAAAACGUUUUGGUGAUCCCAAGCCGAAGAAAUCGGUUGUAGGGAUACUGGCAGCAGGAGUUGCCGGGGUGAUUCUGGUUGCUGGCAUCACAUUUGCUGCAUUCUCUAUGAGUAGAAGGAGUACUACAAGAAUUGGAGAACAAAUGGAGCAAUUGACAGAAGAACAAGAAGAGUCCUUGUCCUUGGAUGACAAACAGAAUCAAGUUGAGGGGGAUAAAUAUGGGAAGGAAGUUGAGAUGCUGGAUAGUAAUACUGCAGAAAGCAUGGUAGGUAAAGAUGGAGAUCCUCUUUCCAUUAACGAAAAUAUUGAUGCUAUAGAAAGUAGAGUCAGCGAAGAUACUGGUUUGAGACAGUCAUCGGAGGAAGGUGGAGUCUUUGGUCCUGUAGAUGUCCAAACAGAAGCAGCUGUUAGCGGCAAUAUGUUUUCUCCUGAAGCCACUAACAAACAUCCUCUACAUGAUAUUAAUGGAGAUUCCUCACCCAUUGAACCAGCAUUGGACAAACCUGCUGAUGCCAGUACACUAGAACCAUCUGAAUUUGCUGCUGAUUCAGAAAAUUCAUUCACUGACAGUAUGAACAGGCUGUCUAACUUGAAUCAAGAGUCCAGCUUGUCGCUUAACCCUUCUUCUGUCGAGUCUUCAAUUUCCCAAGAAGUGCUUUUGAAGUCAGGAGACGUGCUUUCCAUAAUGGAUGUUGAGCCAAGCAAGGAGCUCCUAACAAUAGAUGUCAUUUCAAGCAAAAUUGAUGAGGUUGCUUUUAAUCAAAAUGUUGAAAUGUCGGUUGAGAAAACAUUAAAUGGAACUGUAUUGACUGGGACACCUUUACCAGAAGACUCCGAUCAAUCUGGAUAUCAAGAUCUUCAAAACAAUCAAAAUGACAUAGUUAGCCAACCCCUUUUUGACUCUACGGUUCCUGGAAAUUAUUUCACUUCAGCUGGCAUACCUGCUCCAUCACUUGUCUCUCCAGCUCUGCAAUCCCCUCCAGGGAAGGUUUUGGUUCCUGCUAUUGUCGAUCAACCUCAAAGUCAAGCAUUUUCUGCUUUGCAAGUCUUAAAGGUCAUUGAAGAUUGUGUUCAACCUGGAGACUUAUGUACACAACGGGAGUAUGCUCGUUGGCUAGUUCAAGCCAGUAGUGCUCUUUCCAGGAACACAACUUCCAAAGUUUAUCCUGCUAUGUUCAUCGAAAAUGUUUCUGAACUUGCCUUUGAUGACAUUACACCUGAAGACCCUGAUUUCCCAUUUAUUCAAGGCUUGGCAGAGGCUGGACUUAUUGCCAGCAAGCUUUCAAGACACGACAUGCAAUCAUACGACAAAGAAGAUACUAGUCCAUUAUAUUUCUUUCCUGAAAGCUCCUUAUCUCGUCAAGAUCUUGUGAGUUGGAAGAUGGCUCUUGAAAAAAGGAAGCUACCAGCGGUUGACAAAAAGAUCUUGCAGCAGUUAACUGGAUUCAUGGAUAUUGACAAGGUUAACCCUGAUGCAUGGCCGGCAGUGGUAGCGGACAUAGCAGCUGGAGAUCAGGGUAUUAUAACUCUUGCAUUUGGAUAUACAAGACUUUUCCAGCCAGAAAAACCUGUUACAAAAGCCCAGGCCGCCAUUGCACUUUCAACUGGGGAUGCUUUUGCUAUUGUUAGUGAUGAACUUGCACGGAUUGAAGCAGAAACUAUGGCAGAGAAUGCUGUUUCUGAGCACAGUGCUCUAGUUGCUCAAGUUGAGAAGGAUCUAAAUGCAAGUUUUGAGAAGGAGCUUUCCCUGGAAAGGGAAAAGAUCAAUGCUGUUGAGAAAUUGGCUGAGGAAGCUAGAAGAGAAGUGGAGAGACUGAGUGCUGCAAGGGAGGAGGAAAGUCUUUCAUUAAUAAAGGAGCGUGCUGCUGUUGAUUCAGAGUUAGAAAUUUUUUCUAGAUUAAGAAGAGAAAUGGAGGAACAAUUGCAGGUCCUUAUGACCGAUAAAAUGGAGACUUCAUAUGAGAAAGAAAGGCUGAAUAAACUUCGGAGAGAUGCUGAAAAGGAGAGUCAGGAACUAACACGGUUACGAUAUGAGCUGGAAGUUGAGCGCAAAGCCUUAUCCAUGGCACGGGCCUGGGCUGAAGAUGAGGCAAAAAAGGCAAGGGUGCAAGCAAAUGCCCUGGAUGAGGCUAGAGAACGAUGGGAGCAACAAGGCAUAAAAGUUGUGGUCGACAACGACUUACGUGAGGAAGCUGAAGCUGGAGAUACAUGGAUUGCUGCUGGAAAGCAGUUCUCUGUCGAAGAAUCCAUUGAGAGGUCCGAGAACCUCGUGGACAAACUUAAGAAAAUGGCAGAUGAAGUAAGAGUGAAAAGCAAAGAGACAAUAACAAAAAUCAUUGAGAUGAUAGUUGAAUUCAUAUCUAGCUUGAAGAAAAAGGCAGUGGAGCUAAAAGAUGCUGGAAAAUCGAAGUGGGACAGUUCUUUACAAGUUGUUCAGCGUAACUCUGCCGGAUUGACUUCAGCUGUUAAGGAAGGUGCAAAGCGCGUUGCUGGAGACUGGAAAGAAGGAGUGGAGAGAUUGUCGCAGAAGUUCAAGGCAUGAUUUUUGUAGUCUGUAUCUGAACUUUUAACCUUUCAUUCUGGGCAUACUGCUUCUGCGAUGUUGUGCUUCAUUCUCACUUACAAUCCUAAGGAAAUAAACGCCCAAGAGGAAUAAUGUUCGUCACAUAGUGAUUUUUGCAGAAGAUGCAAUAAAUUGUUGUAUGGUAAUGUAAUCAUAUAUGCCAGUUUCGGUUAGAAAUGUCUGUUUAACAAGUUCGACCACCUAAUAUCUGAUUUCAAGUCUCUCAAA